UGGGAAAUACGUUGUAUCCCGUGACCAGUAAUUGUGUUUCAAGUAGAGGUGACCCUCCACCGGACGUAAAGAGUGUUCAGGAGAGAGCGGACUGAAGAUUGAACGAUGGCCGAACCCCUUAAAGUUCUGGUGACUGGAGCUGCAGGGCAAAUUGCCUACUCUCUACUUUACAGCAUUGCCAAAGGAGAUGUCUUUGGAAAAGACCAGGCUCUGGUACUUGUUCUGCUUGAUAUCACUCCAAUGCUGUCAGUACUGGAAGGUGUGGUGAUGGAAUUGCAAGACUGUGCUCUACCGCUUCUCCGAGAGGUUAUCCCAACUGAUAAAGAGGAGGUUGCUUUCAAGGACAUUGAUGUAGCUGUACUAGUUGGCUCUAUGCCAAGAAAGGAAGGUAUGGAGAGGAAGGAUUUACUGAAAGCAAAUGUGAAGAUUUUCAAGUCUCAGGGUGCUGCAUUGGACAAAUAUGCUAAGAAGACUGUCAAGGUCCUUGUAGUAGGGAAUCCAGCAAACACAAAUUGCUUGAUUGCUUGCAAGUCUGCUCCAUCCAUCCCAAAAGAGAAUUUCUCUUGUCUGACUCGACUGGACCACAACAGAGCAAGAUCUCAAGUUGCAAUUAGAGUUGGUGUCCCGUCUGAUGAUGUGAAGAAUGUUAUCAUCUGGGGCAACCAUUCCUCUACUCAGUAUCCUGAUGUAUGCCAUGCAAAAGUAAAAGUUCAAGGCAAAGAAUUGGGUGCCUAUGAGGCUGUUAAGGAUGAUGCCUGGCUCAAAGCAGAGUUCAUCACUACUGUUCAACAGCGAGGGGCUGCUGUAAUCAAAGCACGAAAACUGUCUAGUGCAAUGUCUGCUGCCAAAGCAAUCUGUGACCACAUGCGAGACAUCUGGUUUGGUACUCCUGAGGGAGAGUUUAUCUCAAUGGGAGUUAUUUCUGAUGGAAACUCUUAUGAUGUUCCUGAGGGCCUAAUCUACUCAUUUCCUGCUGUUAUCAAGAAUAAGGAAUGGAAAAUUGUUGAAGGCCUGCCUAUCAAUGACUUUUCCCGUGAAAAACUGGAUGCUACAGCAAAAGAGUUGGUGGAAGAGAGGGACACCGCACUGGAGUUCAUAGGAAGUGUGUGACUAAAUAGCAAAACAGAAAUGAAGCAGCACUUACAACGUCACAGUCAGUGUCGUUUAUAAGCUCAACGUCCUUGCUCUAUGUACGAUGUGAACAUCCUUUAGUUUUGCUGAUGACAAUGUAGAAUGUGUCAUAUUCUUGUAUUCAGUACAGCACUUGCUUGAUUUCAGAUGCACAAUAAAAUUGUCAACGAAUUUACA